CCCAACGCGCAGAUGGCUUCAACCAAAGAGAAUAACUCCAUGACCCGAAGUGAUAAUGGUCUUCCUGCUGCUAAAAGGCGCAAAAUUGGACCAGCAGCAUCUUUCUCAUCUCAACCUGUCCAGUCAUCUUUCACCGACGUCUUAGAGCGUCUCAAGGAAGAAACAGCUGAUGGGUCAGGCGAGGAAGGUGGGGCUGGCGCCUGGGCAAGACCACCUCUACCAAGCAUAGACCCUAAUAGGGACUCAAUUGUGUUCCAACAAAUUGAUAUCGAGGAGACCGACGUCUAUGGCAAUGUGGAGCUCCAGUUGUUUGGCGUCACCAAGGAAGGCAACAGUGUACUAGCGGUAGUCACAGGUUUUCGGCCCUACUUCUAUGUGGCUCAGCCGCGAGGAUUCCGUGAAACAGACUUGGAGCCUUUCCGGGAACAUUUGAAUGGCCUCACGGGCGAAGACUUCGUAGUGAAGGUGGAGAUCGUAUCACGACGCAGUCUCUGGCAGUACCGCGGUGACGAUUUUGUCCCAUUCCUCAAAAUGACUGUAACGAAUCCGAAAAGUUUGCCGAAAGUGCGAGCACGUCUCUUCGAGCGUGGUGAAUGCAAAUACCAGUCCUUCUCAACAGAUGAACCCAUUGCCACGUUUGAAAGCAACAUUGCUUAUACCUUACGCUUCAUGAUCGACACCCAGAUUGUGGGAAUGAACUGGAUUGAGAUACCUCCCAGAAAAUACACGAUUCGUGAUAAACACAAGCAGAAAUCACACUGUCAGCUCGAGUUCACUGUCAUAUACGACGACAUUAUCUCGUACGCACCAGAGGGUGAUUGGGCCAACAUCGCACCACUGAGAAUUUUGAGCUUCGACAUCGAAUGUGCGGGACGAAAAGGCAUCUUCCCUGAAGCAGACAUCGACCCAGUCAUCCAAAUAGCAAACAUGGUCACCCGACAAGGCGAACAGAAGCCAUUCAUUCGCAAUGUCUUCACGCUCAAUACCUGCUCACAUAUUCUGGGCUCCCAAGUCAUCUCGCACAAGAAAGAGCGUGAUAUGCUACAGGCUUGGAGCGACUUCGUGAAUGAGGUGGAUCCAGAUGUGGUCAUCGGCUACAACAUCGCAGGCUUCGAUUUUCCCUACCUUCUUGACCGCGCAAAAGCUCUCAAAUUAGACAACUUCAACUUCCUUGGUAGAAUCCGCGGUCGUAAAACGGAAACGAAAGACACUCAUUUCUCUUCUAAAGCCUAUGGACAGCGAGACUCCAAGGAGACCAGUUUAGAGGGUCGAUUGCAACUGGAUGUGCUUCAGUUCAUGCAACGGGAACAUAAAUUGCGAAGCUACACUCUCAACUCCGUUUGCGCCCAGUUCUUGGGGGAACAGAAAGAGGACGUUCACCAUUCAGUCAUUACAGAGCUACAAAACGGCACCCCGGAAUCUCGGCGGCGACUGGCGGUCUACUGCUUGAAGGAUGCAUAUCUUCCCCAACGACUGCUGGACAAGCUGAUGUGUUUUGUCAACUACACUGAAAUGGCCCGUGUGACGGGUGUGCCGUUCAAUUAUCUGCUUGCACGAGGACAGUCCAUUAAAGUAUUGUCACAACUAUUUCGUCGAGCAAACCAGGAGGGCUAUGUGAUUCCUGCGCUCAAAGGCGAAGGAUCUGAUGAGCAAUAUGAAGGUGCCACAGUCAUUGAACCCAAGAAAGGUUACUACGACGCGCCAAUUGCAACCCUUGAUUUUAGCUCACUGUAUCCCUCCAUCAUGAUGGCUCACAACCUAUGCUAUACAACGCUCCUCGACAAGUCCACAGUUGAUCGACUGAAACUUGUCAAAGAUGUCGACUAUAUCACGACACCAAACAAUGAUAUGUUUGCCAGCACCACAAGGCGCAAGGGCCUGCUUCCCUUGGUGCUUGAGGAUCUCAUCGCCGCUCGGAAACGCGCUAAAGCGGACUUGAAAAAAGAGACCGAUCCUUUCAAACGCGCUGUCCUGGACGGCCGACAGCUGGCCUUGAAGAUCAGUGCCAACUCUGUAUACGGGUUUACUGGCGCGACGGUUGGGAAACUUCCAUGUCUCGAAAUUUCCUCAAGCGUCACUGCAUACGGUCGUCAAAUGAUCGAGAAGACGAAACAGGAAGUCGAGGCAGAAUAUUCGGUCGCGAAUGGACACGCACACGAUGCCGAAGUUAUUUACGGCGACACCGACUCUGUAAUGGUCAAAUUCGGGCCUAUGGAUUUGGUCAAGGUCAUGGCUCUAGGAGCGGAAGCGGCUGACUUGGUCACUGCGAAAUUCGUCAAACCCAUCAAACUUGAGUUCGAGAAGGUUUACUUCCCUUACUUGCUGAUCAGCAAGAAGAGGUAUGCUGGAUUGUACUGGACAAGACCAGAGAAGUAUGAUAAGAUGGAUACGAAAGGGAUAGAGACUGUGCGACGAGACAAUUGUCGCCUAGUUUCUACCGUCAUCGAAACAUGCCUACACAAAAUGUUGAUUGACCGGGACGUGAAGGCAGCGGAGGACUAUACUAAGCAGACCAUUUCCGAUCUGCUACAGAACAGGAUAGACAUGUCCCAACUUGUGAUUACCAAAGCACUAGCCAAGAACGAUUAUGCCGCUAAACAGGCUCAUGUUGAGCUUGCAGAGAGGAUGAAAAAACGCGAUGCAGGUUCUGCUCCGGCCUUGGGAGACCGAGUGGCUUAUGUCAUCAUCAAGGGAAUGAAGGGCGCGGCCGCAUAUGAGAAAUCUGAAGACCCCUUAUACGUUCUAGAAAACAACGUUCCCAUCGACACCAAAUAUUACCUCGAAAAUCAGUUGUCCAAACCACUUAUGAGAAUUUUCGAACCGAUUCUUGGAGACAAGGCAAAUUCGUUGUUGUCCGGCGACCAUACGCGAACCAUUCAAAUCGCAACACCCACAGUUGGCGGUUUGAUGAAAUUCGCUGUAAAGACAGUCACAUGUUUGGGUUGCAAGACGCCUCUUCGUGGCAACAACAGCGUGAAGAACGGAGCUGUGUGCAACAACUGCAGACCACGAAUGGGGGAGCUUUAUCAAAAACAAAUAGCGACCACCUCAACGCUCCAAGUCCAAUUUGCAAGGCUUUGGACUCAGUGUCAGCGGUGUCAGGGUUCACUCCAUCAAGAUGUCCUGUGCACAAGCAAGGAUUGUCCCAUCUUUUAUAUGCGGAAGAAGGCCCAAAAAGAUGUCGAGGAUGCUGCUGUAGUUUUAGAAAGGUUUGCUGUGGAUUCGUGGUAG